AUGGAUAACAGAACACGAUUAAGAGUUCAAAACAAGAAGCCAAUCAAGCGCAGCGGAAAGAAGCCGUUGGUAAAACAGCUUUUGGAUUAUCUUAAGUCUGAUACUUUUUUGUAUGCUCCUCUUAUCUCUCCUCAGCCUUGUGGUUUUCCAUCAACCAAUGCAUUCAAAGUGGUGGAGCUGAAAAAACCUAUGAAAAAGAGGCACUGGUUUAAGGAGUAUAUAAAAUGUCAGGGUUAUAUGUAUGAUACUGUUCUUGAGCUUCCACUUUCAUCUCAAGCUGGAAGUUCACCAAUGAAUGUCAACAAACAACAAGAUAAUGACUUAGGAAAUAUGAACCAAAGGUCUGAAAAUCAUUUUUCACCAACUCGUCUCUCUGAUCGACUUACUCGGGAACAAAAGGAAACUCUGAAACACGUGUACCAAACUUGUCGCACAACUUCAGCUUCAGGAAAUGUGAGCCUCAACUCACAGCUGAGAGCUCAUACUUGA